UGUAAGCAUGCGCAAAAGAAACAUUCCUUGCUCUAAUGUUUGAAGUUGACAGUGAUGUUUUGGAAUCGUAUUUGACAGAACCGGCAAAAUGAGAUUGAAAACAAGUUUACAGAAGGAAACAAAACAUUCUGAAUUGGUGAGCUGUGUUGGAUGGACUACACCUGAGGAACUGUUCUCCGGAGCAGAUGACCACUUGGUGCUGAAAUGGAACCUCAACACAAAUGAGACAACAACACUGGUCAAGUUGCCUGAUGAAGUCUUCCCUACAGAUAUGCAUUGGUUCCCAAAAGCUGCUGGGGGAGGCAAAAAGGCAGUCUCAGACCUUUUUGUCCUUACAUCAACUGAUGGCAAGUUUCACCUAGUCAGUAAAACUGGUCGAGUAGAGAAGAGUAUAGAGGCCCACAAAGGGGCAGUGCUGGCAGGCAGGUGGAGCUUUGACGGGUCUGCCUUUGUUACAGCUGGUGAAGAUGGUGCUGUGAAGAUCUGGUCUAGAAGUGGAAUGCUGAGGUCUACUCUUACCCAGAACAGUAUGUCUGUAUAUGGUGUAGCAUGGGGACCAGACUCGGAUUCGGUGCUGUUUACAAAUGGCAAACAGUUGGUCAUCAAGUCUAUGCAAGCCAACGCUAAGCCAACCAUGUGGCGAGCCCAUGACGGCGUGGUGCUGGUAGUAGACUGGAAUCCUGUCAACAACCUCAUCAUAUCGGGGGCAGAGGAUUGUCGCUACAAGGUAUGGGAUACAUAUGGCCGUGUGAUGUACAACAGCUUCCAACAUGACUACCCAAUCACAUCUAUAGCAUGGACACCAGACGGAGAACUUUUUGCCGUCGGCUCCUUCAACACUCUUCGACUCUGUGACCAGGCUGGGUGGUCGUAUGCCCUGGAGAAACCAAAUACAGGCAGUCUGUUCAAACUUGCAUGGUCCAGUGAUGGAACUCAAGUGGCCGGUGCUGGUGGGAAUGGCCAGGUCCUCAUUGCACAUGUUAUAGAGAAACGUUUGGAGUGGAAGAAUUUUGAGGCGUCAGUAACAGGAGGUAAACAAGUCCAUGUUAGAAACGUGAUGAAUGAUGCCAUUGAAUCUUUGGACUUUCGUGACAGAAUUAUCAAAUUGUCACUAGCAUUCAAUCACCUAGUGGUGGCCACAUCUACACAAUGUUAUAUAUACAGUGUAAAGAACUGGAACACACCGAUGAUAUUUGACCUAAAGGAAGGCAAUGUGUCCCUCAUUUUACAGUCUGACAAACAUUUCCUGCUGGUAGACAUUGCAGGCCUCUAUGUAUACUCAUAUGACGGUCGGCUUGUGUGUUCGCCACGGUACACGGGCAUGCGAGCAGACAUCCUCAACUACCAGACAGUCUCCAUCAGUAAUGACACAAUAGCCAUCCGAGACAAGGCUGAUGAAAAAGUGAUAUAUGUAUUUGAUGCUCAAAAUGGAAAACCUCUUGGAGAUGGCAAACCAAUUACACACAAGCUGGAGGUGAUGGAGAUCGCCCUGGACCAGUGUGGCCCAGCCACCGAACGACGACUAGCCAUUAUUGACAAAAAUAGAGACCUGUACCUCACCCCUGUUAGAGUGUUUGGUACAGAACGAAAGAGUAACAAAUUAGGUAAUAUGAUCCAAUCAUUGGCCUGGAACGAUGUCUCUAACAUGUUGGCCGCACUAGCAGAUGGAAAAUUCACCGUCUGGUAUUACCCCAAUACUAUCUACGUUGACAGGGACCUCGCUUCCAAAACCAUCUUUGAAAAAGAAGCAAGUGAGUUUGGCAAGAAUCCCCAGCUGACUCAGUUUAAUGGUAAUCAUGUGAUAAUUCGGCGAGCAGAGGGAUCGAUCGUCAGCACAUCAAUAUCUCCUCAUCCCUGUAUACUUCAUUCCUAUGUACAGUCUGGUCGCUGGAACGAUGCAGUGCGGCUCUGUCGCUUUGUAAAGGAUGAAAGUUUGUGGUCCUGCCUUGCUGCCAUGUCAGCCUAUGCUAAGGAGCUGAACACUGCAGAGAUCGCCUAUGCAGCCAUCAAAGAGGCGGAAAAAGUCCAGUUUAUAGUGAACAUCAAGGACAUCCCAGUCAAGGAAGCUAGAAACGCUGAGAUGGCAUUGUUGUGUGGGAACCAGCAAGAUGCGGAGGCUAUCCUGUUACAAGCUGGGCUUAUCUUCAGGGCCAUCAUGCUCAAUAUCCAGCUGUAUAACUGGGAUAGGGCCUUGGAAUUAGCAGUGAAGCAUAAAACACAUGUGGACACAGUACUAGGAUACAGACAGAAAUACCUCGUCAGGUUUGAAAAGAAGGAAAAUAACAAACGCUACCUACAAUAUAUGGAAGGGAUUGAGGUAGACUGGGAGAAAAUAGAAGCUAAGAUGGAUAUGGAAUACCAAAAGGAAAGGGAACGUCCAACGGUGACGUCUACAACAGGGUCGGGCAAGCCUCGACAGCAGCGCCAUGAAACAUAGAAAUAAUAGGUUCAAUCUUACACAUGCGACACAGAAUGUGGUUCAUAUCAUUAAAUCAUAAUUAAUGAAAAAUACAUCAAUAGUUUCAAGAUAUUCAUUAUAAUUUCAAAAAGAUGUAAAAGCAGUCUACCAUUCUAUCAAAGGAAAAUUAUUGACAUAAACAAAUAGUUUUAAAGAAACUAUCCAGCUUAAUGUACUUUUUAUAAGGCAAGUGCUUUCGCUACAUUGAAAGCUUGGGAAAUUAAGAAGAGUAACCACAGGGAAAUUGUUGAAAUAGUAUUCCAUUGAUGAAUACAACAAUAUUAAAAGAGUUUGGUAGUUGUUGAUUCCAGAUACAAAAGGAUUGAAGGAUCUCCACUUUUACUGUAUACUAGGUAUUUUAAAGAAAUCUUAAUUCACUUAUAAAGUGUGACACUGCCAGAAAAUGAUUAUCAUUUAAAUUAUUGUCCGAGGGUGACUCACUAUACUGAUUGAAAAUCUCUGAACUUGAUUAUUCUCAAUCAACAUAUAGUUAAAACAUAUUGCAUAUUGUGUGAGGAAUACUCUCCAUCGUUUCAGACAAAUAAGAUUUCUGGCUGUUUUCUAUGUUUUUAUUACAAGUUAUCCAUCUCUCAUCCAAAAGCUACAUUGAAUGGAAUUCUGUAAUGAAUUGAUGCUUUAGAAAAUGGUAUUUUCUAUUAGUUGUGUCAUGGAAAAUUAGAUGUGCUAUAUAGAAUGGGAAAUGUUUGAAAUGUUAAUAUUUAUUAAAUAUAUUAAGAACAUAAUGUAAAUACAAAAAAAUGUAAGAAAUGGAACAUUCCUUGUAUUUUUGUCAUAAUGUACAUAACUGAAUUGAUCUACUACAUAACUUUGUGAUAGUGUGUGAUUCCGUCCUGCAGCCUGUACUGGAACCACAGGUACAAUGUAUAUACAUGUCUUACAAUGUAUGUAUACUUUAUUAUUACAUGAGGUAGUAUUGAACAUUUAUUUAUACUUAAUUGAUAAAGAACCUGUUUUUAUAUUGAUACAUGUGUUUGAAUGUUAGUGACUUUAGUUGUUUGUUAUAUAGAUAUCCUUGUUAGUAUGUACCCUGUGUGUAUGAAAGUGUUACGUAAUGAUCUGAACAGGACUUACGAUUCUCUGGUGUAGAGCCAAAUCUCAUCUUACAGCUGUUUGUUUCAAGUUUUAUGAAAAGAAUUGAAGAUCAUGACUAUUGUCUAAAAAAUACACUAAUUAUCACAAUAAACUAAGAUCUGAAAUCAGGAUAUCAGAAAUAUACUCUUUCAAGAAAAGCAUUGCUCUAUAAUCAUUAAAAUAUUGUGAAAUCUGUAAAAUGUAAUGAUAAAAUAAUACUUCAAUGUUAAUAGGUAUUUGAUUCCCUUUGAUUGAAUUACCGGUAUGCCACAUUGUUAAGUGUGUAAUAUUUAUUUCCCUCAAAGAUUAAAUUAUGCCACAUUAUUAUCAUGUACAAAUUUAGUACAUGAACAUUUUAUAUAUACAGUCCUACACACAUCACAUACAACAAACACACCCACAUACCACUCUCACACAUACACCUUCAUACAAACACCCAUUCUCACACAUCAAGUAUGUAUAUUUACAUACAAGUCCCACAUAUAAUCCAUUACCACUGCUAGAGUAUAUGAUAAGGGAGAUAACUCCAGUUUUACCAUUCUUUAUCAUUUACUCUGAUAUCAAUGUAUAUACAGUGCUGUCAAAAUAAAAAAAAUCCUAGGUGUGAAUCAUAGACAUGAGAGAUGAAAGGAAUUUUUUUGUAUGGAAGAAAUAAAACUAGUAAUUGAAUGUAUUCCGUCCGUUAAGACAUGUAUAGAGUAUGUUGAAAGUAUGUCCCCAUAAUGGGGAUAACCUUGAUACAGUAAAACCUUAUCAGUUUAUUAGAUGCCCCUGUCAUACAUGGUCUAUCGGUUCAUUAGAAUUUGUUUAGAUUUUGUGUUUAGGUCCAGUUCUCCGGUAAAGGUUUUAGGAUACAUAUUUCUUAAGUAAAGAUCAAGUUUCUGUUUCAUUCUACUGCUGAUGUCAUGAAUUUAGAUUAUGAAAUCAAGUUAUGUUAAUAGUUUUCUAUCUCUUAAUGCUGGAUUUUGUUUUCUCUUUAUAACUUUUACUCAGACCAUCAUUUUUAAUCAAUAGUUAGUUUGAGGGUAGAAUUGCCAUCUGUAGAUGCUACAGUAAAGACACACAACAGAUUAACAAUAGACUAACAAGGUUUUACUGUAUCAUUGAGAACUACAUACUCUCUUCUAAAUUUUGGCAAUUUAAAUGUUUUCACUUCCUGAAGACUGUAAAUUUUGAAUGAAAGUGAUCAUUCUUUAUUUUGUGAAAGAUAGAAAUGAAAAACAUUAAAAACAUUUCAAAUUCAUA